ACAGGCUUGUGCAUCAUUGGGCUUUUGCCUUGAAAUAAGGAGAAUUGAUGAUGAAAGAAAGGAAUGUAGGUGAGAGUUCAGAAUCCAAGGGAAGUUAGGCCAGACCUUCCCCAGCACGCGGCCCAGAGCCUGGGCCCGGCCCUUCGUCCAGUUUGAACACCUCCUCCUUUCAUUUCUGGAGUUCUGGGCACUGACCUCCCAUCCUGUCCCUGAGAGGCAGUCAUGGCCCUGCUUUUUGUACUGGGCUGCGUCUUCUUCCCAGUGUGCUUCACUGUCUCCCAGUGGGGCCUGCAGCACCACACCAGCCUGCAGAUGGAGAGGCGGGAGGCAGUCUUGGUGGCAUCCAGGCUGGUGUCCUCUGUCCAGGCCAUCAUGGCCUCCACCGCGGGCUACAUCGUCUCCUCCUCUUGCAAGCACAUCAUUGAUGACCAACACUGGCUGUCCUCUGCCUACACGCAGUUUGCAGUGCCCUACUUCAUCUACGACAUCUAUGCCAUGUUCCUCUGCCAUUGGCACAAGCAUCAGGUCAAAGGGCACGGAGGGGACGACGGGGGCCCCCAGGCACUGGGCAGCACCUGGGCCGUGGUGCGCGGCUACCUGUACAAGGAGUUCCUCAUGGUGCUCCACCACGCCGUCAUGGUGCUGGUGUGCUUCCCGCUGUCCGUGGUGUGGCGACAGGGCAAGGGGGAUUUCUUCCUCGGCUGCAUGUUGAUGGCAGAGGUCAGCACCCCCUUUGUCUGCCUUGGCAAGAUCCUCAUCCAGUACAAGCAGCAGCACACCCUGCUGCACAAGGUGAACGGGGCCCUGAUGCUGCUCAGCUUCCUGUGCUGCCGGGUGCUGCUCUUCCCCUACCUGUAUUGGGCCUAUGGGCGCCACGCCGGCCUGCCGCUGCUCGCAGUGCCCCUGGCCAUCCCGGCCCAUGUCAACCUGGGCGCCGCACUGCUCCUCGCCCCCCAGCUCUACUGGUUCUUCCUCAUCUGCCGCGGGGCUUGCCGCCUCUUCUGGCCCAGAGGCUCCCGGCCGCCCUCUCCCUGUCAGGCCCAGGACUGAGGUGGGGCAGGGGCCGUCCCCAUCUGUACCCCCUGGGUGGGGCUUUGGGGCUGAGGGCAGGGGCUGGAGCCAGGGGUCCUUGGCUUAACAGCCCCAAGACUGACAGAUGGACUCAGAAGGACAGGGGACAGCCACCCUCAGGGCUAAGGACGUGAUCAGGUGACCAAGUGGAAGAUGGGGGAGGGGUCUCUUCUCCUGACAGAGACAAGAGCCCAGGGCAGGGCCAGUGACCCUUCCCUAGCAGCUCAUGUCGUGCUAGGGAAGAGGAAGGGAGUGUCCUUUCCACUGCGAGGCGGGAGGCCUGUGAGGAGAGCGAAAACUCAAGGGGUCCAGGAGUCAAAGGAUGUGGGGGGCCCUGCUGCUAAGGACACCCUAGCCCCUCUGCUGCAAGCCCUCUCUGCUCCCUGCCAUCUGGGAGGGGAAGACACCCUCACUCUCCCUGUGGGCCUCACAGGCCCGGCUGCUCCCACGGCUCUUCUGUGGGGAAUCUUAUUUAUUUUAUUUUAUUUAUUCACCAAAUUCAACGUAAUUUGUUGGGGUGGGGGAGGGAGAUGGCUGCUCCCCCUUCCCGCCUCCCCAGUGCUGAGCAUCCCGGGCAAGUGAGGCCACCCACCUCGCCCUCGGGCCCUGGCAUGUCCCUGGUGCUACAGACCGCUCAAGGCUUCCUCCACUCUGGGGUCAGGACCCUGGGAGGUGCUUCACAGACUGCUAAUAAAGACAACCUGCGUGAACGCCACCAAGGCCAGCUCCGUCCAGUUCUUUGAGGCUACAAAGGGGAGAGGUGGGGGCCUGGUGUGAGGGGAGCAACAGGACCCCUCCUGCUGGUCAGUGAGCAGUCAGGAAAGACAGAGUCGAAGUCGAGAACCUUUAUUUAUCAGUGGGCAAAAAGGGCAUCCUGGGCCCCUGGCUGCGUCCAUGAUCCUUGUCGGCUCUCUAGGCUCCUUGCUGGCAGCUCCUGAGGGGUAUGGAGACCAGACAGCAAGUCACGUACCACUUCCCGAGGGGCAGGGCCCUCUGGACUCCCUGGAGAGGUAGAGGGGUGGGCUGGGGCACGGGGCAGGCCUCACAUGUGGAUGAAGAACUGGAAGAGGAGGUAGAAGAAGGCCAGCACCAGGAUGCCCACCAGGAUGCGAUGGAAGAGCCCAGGGCCAGAGCCUGCCAGACAGGAAGGGUCAAGGCCACUCUUUGGCCCCGGCUGGGAGGAAGGAGGCUUUUCCACAUCUGGCUCCUACCUGA